CCGGGUUCCCCGUCACGCGUCGCCGCCUUGGUUCGCCGCGAACAGCUGGCGUUACUUCUAUGCAACAGAUCAUCGGGAGGAAUUACAACAAAGUGGCCCGAUAUGCCUGAGAUUGCCGAGGUCGCCCGCAUUGUGCACUACCUGCGCCUACACCUGGUCGGAAAGUCGAUCAAGAGCGUCAAGGCGAUAGAAGAUACCAAUGUGUUCGGCAAGGCUGGUACUACGGGGCCCGAGGUUGCCGAGGCGUUGACGGGCAAAAAGGUUCUCUCGGCGGGCUCACAGGGCAAAUACUUUUGGCUUGUUCUCGACAAACCGCCCCAUCCAGUAAUGCACUUCGGCAUGACAGGCUGGAUCCACAUUAAGGGCGACCGAACAGCAUACACCAACUAUUACAAGAAAAUGAAGCCUGAGGAAUUGGACGCCUGGCCUCCGAAGUACUGGAAGUUCCACCUGAAGACCGAAGAUCCGACGGUCGAGAUCGCUUUCACUGAUCCCAGGCGCUUCGGCCGUGUCCGCCUGGUCGAUUGCCCCGGCGAGAGCAUCAGAAAGUACUCACCGCUCGUCGAAAACGGGCCGGAUCCCGUGGUCGAUACAGAUGUCUUCACCGAGGGGUACCUGCGAGACAAGAUGCGCUCGCGCCACGUGCCCAUCAAGGCCCUCAUUCUCGAUCAGAGCGUCAUCAGCGGGAUCGGCAACUGGGUCGGUGACGAAGUUCUCUAUCAAGCCAAGCUUCAUCCUGAGCAGUACUGCGAUGACUUCACCGACGAGCAGAUCAAAAGACUGUACGAGGCCAUCCGUUACGUAUGCCAGUUUGCGGUUGACAAACUCGGGGAUUCCGACGAGUUUCCCAAGGACUGGUUGUUCCACUACCGAUGGAACAAGGGCGCGAAAGGGGCGGUGGGUCAUCUUCCCAGCGGCGAAAGGUUGGCCUUUCUUACCGUGGGCGGGAGGACAAGCUGUUACGUGCCGGACGUCCAGAAGAAGAGCGGCCGCAUCGUCCCGGGGGUAAAGGAGAAGCUCAUUGAAUCCGACCAGGGAGAAUCGAAGCCGAAGCAACCCGCGAAGUCGAAGGGUGCCAAAGGCGAGGAUGACCAGCCCCAGAACAAGAAAAGGAGAAAGGCAGAGGACGACGAGGCACCGGCAAAGAAGAGCAAAACUGCUUCGACGAAGACGCCAACAAAUGGUGGGCGGAAGGGGGUCAAGAUGGAAGAAAAAGCGGCAGUGGCUAAUAACGUCGAGCCCGGCAGGCGGCGUUCUGGAAGGCUGCAAGGAAAGGCUGCUUGACCUGGGUCUAUGGCUGUUCCUUCACUCCUCCUAAUGCAUGAGAAGCCUCCGAGUCAGUUUGAAUAGGGCAUGCCGUUCUGCUAUUCAUUGCAGCGAUUCACAAACUGGGAAUCCAGUCAACACCGCCGCGUCGACAGAGGUACAGCCCGUCAACCCCUGACAUUGCUGCAGCCGCCAGUUUGCAGCAACCGCAUCACGGUUCCGACUCGACAUCCGGCGGGAAUGUCCCAAACAAAGCCAUCAGAUGCUGCACAUCUGCAGGAGUGAGCUGCUUGCCGGCGUCCACUGCUUUGGACAGCAUUCUAAAGUCUGAGCACCCAGUCAGCACCGUUUUUGCCGCCCUCCGUCUCUUCUGCGCCGGCUGCCA